AGGUGAGAGGUCAGCAGGAAGUCGAUACGUGGCCGCCGCCUGUCCCCGCCGAGGAGGCGCUGCGAGCGGAGAUGGCGGCGCAGCUAAGCGUAGAGCAACUCGAGGUGUCGCUCGACGGCCUCACGCUGAGCCCGGACUCGGAGGAGCGGCCCGGCGCGGAGGGUGCCCCGCUGCAGACACCGCCGUCCUCCACCUCCGGGAAUGGACUAGGCUCGGGCGCCGCGGGACAGCAGCGGGAGCCCGGGGAGGCGGCGGCUGAGGGCGCGGCCGAGGAGGCGCGGCGGAUGGAGCAGCUCUGGGGCUUUGGCCUGGAGGAGCUCUACGGCCUGGCGCUGCGCUUCUACAAAAUAAAAGAUGGCAAAGCCUUUCAUCCAACGUAUGAGGAGAAACUGAAGUUCGUGGCUCUGCAUAAGCAGGUCCUUCUGGGUCCAUACAACCCAGACACUGGCCCUGAGGUCGGGUUCUUCGAUGUGUUGGGGAAUGAUCGGAGGAGAGAAUGGGCAGCUCUAGGAAACAUGUCCAAAGAGGAUGCCAUGGUAGAGUUUGUGAAACUUCUAAAUAGGUGUUGUCCUCUCCUCUCGGCAUAUGUUGCGUCCCACAGAAUAGAGAAGGAAGAAGAAGAAAAAAGAAGAAAGGCAGAGGAGGAGCGAAGGCAGCGUGAAGAGGAAGAACGAGAGCGACUGCAAAAGGAAGAAGAGAAACGGAAGCGAGAGGAGGAGGACAGGCUCAGACGGGAGGAAGAAGAGAGGCAGCGGAUAGAAGAAGAGAGGCUGCGGCUGGAACAGCAAAAGCAGCAGAUAAUGGCAGCUUUAAACUCGCAGACUGCCGUGCAGUUCCAGCAGUAUGCAGCCCAGCAGUAUCCAGGGAACUACGAGCAGCAGCAGAUUCUCAUCCGCCAGCUGCAGGAGCAGCACUAUCAGCAGUACAUGCAACAGUUAUAUCAAGUCCAGCUUGCACAGCAACAGGCAGCAUUACAGAAGCAGCAAGAAGUGGUGGUGACUGGAUCGUCGUUGCCUGCAUCCUCAAAGGUGAACACAGCUGGGGCAAGUGAUACACUGUCAGUUAAUGGACAGGCCAAAACCCACACUGAAAAUUCCGAAAAAGUCCUCGAGCCAGAAGCUGCAGAAGAAGCCUUGGAAAAUGGGCCAAAAGACUCUCUUCCAGUGAUUGCAGCUCCAUCCAUGUGGACAAGACCACAGAUCAAAGACUUUAAAGAGAAGAUUCGGCAGGAUGCAGAUUCGGUGAUUACAGUCCGGCGAGGAGAAGUAGUCACCGUCCGAGUCCCCACUCAUGAGGAAGGAUCAUACCUCUUCUGGGAAUUUGCUACAGACAGUUAUGACAUUGGGUUUGGGGUUUAUUUUGAAUGGACAGACUCCCCAAAUGCUGCUGUCAGUGUGCAUGUUAGUGAGUCCAGUGACGACGAGGAAGAGGAAGAAGAAAAUGUCACUUGUGAAGAGAAAGCCAAAAAGAAUGCCAACAAGCCUCUGCUGGAUGAGAUCGUACCUGUGUACCGGCGGGACUGUCAUGAGGAAGUGUAUGCAGGCAGCCACCAGUAUCCAGGGAGGGGAGUCUAUCUCCUCAAGUUUGAUAACUCCUACUCUCUGUGGAGGUCCAAGUCAGUCUACUACAGAGUCUAUUACACUAGAUAAAGCUGGUGUUACAGAGUCAGGAGUCUAGGGUUGAACAGAGAUGACAUUUAAUUUCCUUUGACUUUUGUGGCACAUAGGAGUCAGUGUUUACCUUCUCGAGUUUGUUCUGAUGGUUAGUGAACUCUUGUUGAGAACCAGGAUUCCUUGAGACUCUUUAGCAUUAAUGCUCUGAGGUUGAAGCAGUUGGGAGACUCAUCUAGCCCAUGGGUGCUGACCGGCAGAGCUGCUAGUGGAUAGUGAAGGUACGUGAGCUACGUGUUAGUAUUCAGUCUCCAAAAUAAACGUCCCAGCGUUUCCCUCACCUGGCUGGGGGGUGCAUUGCUGGCUGUUCCGUGUGUUCUGCAGAGCCACAGUUACAGCUGUAACUGGGAAUGCUUCUGUACUCGCCGACUUCAGUGGUUUUGACUACGUGGAAGAGUUUGAGACGUAAAAGCUCGACUUCACAGAUUAUAGUAGAAAAGGAAAUGGCCUCAACUUGAUCUUACCUGAGUAACAAGGCUGUUUUUGCUUGGGGUAUAGCUGUUUAAGUUACAGAGAAUUAUUUUCUGAGAGAAUGUUAAACUUAGAAUAUUCAAACCCAGUAAGCACUUGAUGUGUAGAGAUUCAUAGACGACCUCUGUCCUUCCCACCAGGUCCUCGGAUUCUCAGGCCUUCUCUUCCAUCUGCCAUUCACACUACUGCUAACAAAACAAAACUAGGUGAUUUUGUUUUGAUAUAGUUUUGUGGAACAUCUCAAAUUGAAACUAUUUUCUGUAAAAAACAUAUAGCCAGGAGUUUAUAAACUCAAACUGGCAUCUACUGAACUAAAAUAUGCAAAAUCACUUUAGUAUAAUUCAGCAUUUGAGGAGUACCAUUGCACUAAUAGGAAAUCACUGCCAGAGACAGUCCAAAUUUCUUUCUGUUUGUUAUUAGGGCACAAACUGUCCCACCAUCCCAGUGUGGAAUUACAAUCUAGAGAAAAUUGGAAAUGCACGUGCUUAAUGUUAGAGCUUUAAUCUGUAUUAUGUCUUGCUAGUGGUAAAAGGAACGUCUUUAGUUCUCUUAUGAAAACAAACCCACAUUCAUUAUUUCAAGUUUGUCUCAGAGGUUAAGUCUCUAAAGAGAGGGUAGUAUAGGUAGAAAAUGACAGAGACGGUGUAUACCUAGUGCUAUAUUGUCACUUAAGUCUUAGGUUUAAUUUUGACAUCACAGGUCCCUUGCAGGGCUCCCACUGGCCAGCUGCAGUGUGCACAGGUCACUAUGUUCAGGCUACUUGAGGUUUUCAUAUGCUGCCUUUCUUUCUGUUUUUAAUACCUGGUUCUAUAGGUUCUCUUUUGUUUGUUAAGAAACUGGAUUAUUUUCUCCUAACCAGUGCUUAAUUUGUGUUUUUGAGUUUUCAUCCAGAAGUAGUCAAAUGUCUGUGCUGUUACAUCCAGAAUAUUCAUUAGGCUGGCCACAGCUCUUCUGUAUAUAUAGAAACCACAGAGUUAGGAUGUUUUUUAAUGAGGAAAUAUACUGUAUUUAAAAUGUAAAAUAAACUUUUAAAAAGCAAGCACUAAUAUAUAUUUCUUUCAGCCUUUGAUUACAAUUUUGUCCUUGCACAUGUUAAGAUAAAUUAUCUUCUAAACGUCUUGUUCUUGGGAGCAGUGCUGUCAUUUUACAUAGCGUUUCUGUCACAUGUUCAUAUCUGAACAUUUUUGGUUCUAAACUUUUUUAUUGCCUUUGGCUGUUGAUUAGUACCGAACAAGUGCGAUUUCAGAAAGAUCUUGAAAGUAAUAUAUUUAAUCAAUUAAAAUGUUUACCUGACUCGUUGAUGUUUCUGUUAAUACAGUCUCCUGGAGCA